UAAAUAAAACUCAUUGGCUAGCUAAAUUUGGCAAUGAUGAAAGAGUAAUUAGGGAUGACAAUGGAUUGGUUGAGUCGGGUUUCUCCGACAUCAAACUCAAUUCAGCGGGUGCAUUCAUAAAAGAAUUCCAGUAAAAUACUCAUUAGAUGAUUUUAGAAGUGAAAAUCCAACCUAACGGGUGCCCAUGAUUUUGCUAACAAAUCCAUAAAUGAUUUCUUUGAAUGCCCACAUCGUUAUGUGCUCAAACAAAUUUCAACAAAUAUAACUCCAUAAAGACUAAUAAUAUUCAUUAAUUGUUCAUAUUACUGUGUUUAUAUUGCUCUAAAGACUAAUAGCAUUCAUAAAUUAUUCAUAUUAUUAUGGUUAGUUACAAAAUGAUGUCGUUUUACUUAUGUGUGGGUCGUGGGAAAGCGGGUUGGAUUUUCAAAAAAUUCAGACGAGACGGAAUGCAUUGGUAAUCCUAUUAUGAUUCUCAAAUUUCCUAUUUUGAACCAUGAUUGUUAAUUUCCAACAUAGACCCGACAAAUACCUAAUUAUUGAAUUACGUAAUGUCCUCCGGCCAACGGGCCGGGUUAUAAGCUAGUUUUAUUGAUGGAUGACGAUAAUUGAUGGAUUGAUAUUUGAUGAUUUAUGGUAAUUGAUUGAGACAAAAAGGGAAGCUCAGUGGUCGAUUAGCAAUUUCUGAAAGUUGAGUGUCAAAUUGGUAGAGCAUAUGGAAGUUCGAGGACCAUACGAGGUCGUUCACCAUCCUCGCCUCGGCUUGUUCUUCUCUUCUCUGUGACAUUUACUCUCCUGUCCCACAAACUCUCCUCUUUCUCCACAAACCCUAACUUCCCAGAAAAAUCAAUUCUCGCCGACAAACAGUCCUUCUCCCCUCCCUCUCUCGCGCUGCAAAUCUCAACCGUUCUCUAUGCCCUGAAAUUCCCAUUUGUAUCACGUCCGCUGGAAUCUCUUUUUCCAGGAAGAUUCGGGUUGCCGCGGCGGCUGCGACGAGAUAAAAAAAAAGCGUAUGGUAAGGCUCCGGCCUGGAAGAGUAACUACUCCAUCGGGUUUUUCGCUGCCGCGAUGGACCCUGCUCCGGUGAUAUUCGACAUCAGCUCCGAUGACGAGCCUGAGCCUGGACCCUUCAGCGAACCGGGCGUCGGCGGGGAAGACGAUCACAAUUGGCUGGAGGAGCUUCUCCAGGCGGUUGACAAAGACACGGAUGGUUCCGAUGAUGUGGUGGUAGUUGGAGAGUACACACCCCCGAAGCCGAAGCUUAAGUCCUGCAGAUCGUCUAAACCGGUCAGGGAUUUUGAGGAUGAUGAUGAUUGCGUGAUUUUGGAUGGCGAUCCGGAUAAGCCCGAUCAGCCGGCUGCGGGGAAGGUGAAGGAUACAGCAGACAGUGAUGAGGAUGAGCUGCUUGUUGUGGGCGAGACGGGACAGGUUGCUUGCAGAGACUACCCACAUUCUCGACAUCUCUGUCUCAAAUUCAGUUUUAGUUCUACCCUGCAUUCCGAGCAUUGUGAGCUGUGUCACUGCUAUGUCUGUGAUUCUGUUGCUCCAUGUGCAUAUUGGGGUAACGGUCUCUCCAGUAGUGACCAUUGUCACGCUACCGAUAAUCAGCAGAUGUGGAAAACUAUGAGGGAAAAUUUCAGGCGGGCCAAAGAUGGUUCAUUGACUGUUUCAAAAGUUCCGACUCUUACAGAAGCUUUCAACCAGGUCAACCAACUUUCACAUAUUCAAAAUGCGGUGGGAUUGUCAGCCAAUUCAGUGACUUAUAGCCAACUCAGAAAGCCAACCACUGUUCGAGCUUGCACAUCUGUUGUACCGAAUAUCAUAAGUCGGAGUAGAGCCCCACGGCCAGGUUAUGAUUAUGGGAGAAACGGACUCUUCCCUCGCAGAUCUUCUCAGUCAGCACUUGGUAUACGUGACAGUUUGAUACGGCGAGAUAGAGGCUCACAAAUUGGUAAUUUAGGCCAGCAAUUUGUCUCCUCUGGUGCAAUUAUGAAGAAUCAGAUGUUUGGUGUUGGUCCUCCUUUUCGAACCGAUCAAUCUAUUUAUGGUACUUCAGAUAUAAAUUAUAUUCCCAGUUCAACAUAUACGAGGAAUGCUGCUGGUCCAUUUACUGUGCCAAACAACUUUGGGUCUGGUGAGCAGCCGACUGCCCUACCUAACAUGUUCAGUCCGGGCUCCUCACAACCAGACGUCAACCUUGUUGCAGAUGCUCUGGCCUCCGUACCUGAGGUUUUCCGGCAGCCUGUUUAUCAACCAAGUAACAGCCAGAAUGUAAGCCAGCUUCAUCAAACUAGCAGUUCUGUUGAUUCUGGAAUUUUAGAUUUCAACUUCAAUUGGGGUGGUGAAAUGAGUAAUCGGCAAACUUUGGUUGAGGAUUUUCAGUAUAACGGCGUGGCCUACAACGAAGAUCGAUCCAAGGUUGACCAGUGUAGUCCUCAGUUCCCUGUCAGUUCAGGACAUCAUUACCCGGAUGACAACUACCGGAGCUGGAAUUUGGGCCAGUCUGUUCCAGUGACCUCGGCAGGAGGUGUACCCUCGGAUCUGAAUUUAUUUUCUCCUGAACCUGCUGCAAUUGACGCAGGUGUGUUGUGUACAGACUUCGACACUUCCUGGAAUGGCUUGACACACAAUUAGGAAUAGCAAUUAGCAUUAGCUUCUCUUGGCUGAGGUUUGACGCAGUACAACAACAACGUAACGUUGUUGUUGUUGAAAAGAGAAUCACCAAUUGGGUUUGAGCUUUAAAUCGGACACUGUAGUUUGGUAUUCUGAGAUGAGUGCUAAUGUACAUAUACUGCAACUGCUGAAAGGGCAGAUGUGUACCCUAUUUAUCAGUCAUUAUUAAAUGGAAAGCUCCCUUUGGAUGUAGUUUGGAGAUAGUUGUCGACUUGUCGUUUCUAUAUCCUUCUCAGUGGCGAAACUAGAGUUUUAUAUAAGUGGAAUGAAUUCUUAUGCUUGUC